UAAACACCAGUCUUGGAUCGAAAGUCACGACAAGUCAGAGUUCAAAUUAUGAUUACACGCACAUUAGUGACAAGGUAGUAGAUAACUGUACUAUUCAGACGUUUGGAAGUGGUUGUUGCUCACAUACAAACGGGAAACCUUCACCAAAUGAAGCUUGGUGGCAGAUUGACCUUGGUGAUCAAGUCGUCAUCGAAUACGUGAAGAUAUACUACAGAGUAAACACCAGUCUUGGACCGACAGUCAAGACAAGUCAGAGUUCAAAUUAUGAUGACACGCACAUUAGUGACAAGGUAGUAGAUAACUGUAUUAAUCAGACGUUUGGAGGUGGUUGUUGCUCACAUACAAAUGGGAAUCCUGCACCAAAUGAAGCUUGGUGGCAGAUUGAACUUGGUGAUCAAGUCGUCAUCGAAUACGUCAAGAUAUACUACAGAGAUGAGCAACACAUACAGCAAAAAGGUCGAUUCGCUGGCUAUAAAAUAUACCUGUCAAAUACAACAGAUUGGGGAAACACUGAUAUCUGUCAUACCGACACAACCUCUACACAAAGUAUGGUGGACCUAACUCCACGAAUCACAUCAUGUACAGGCAACACCCGAUACCUGACAAUUUACGUCGACCGUCAAACACAAACUUACCCUUGGUACUCUACACAAGCUAUACUGGAGCUCUGUGAAGUACAAGUUUAUGGUUGUCCAGUAGGAAAAUAUGGUAACAGUAACUGUGGUAGCAACUGUGAUACAACAUGUGUUAAUAGCCUGUGUCAUCCUAACAGCGGCCAGUGUACAUACUGUGCGCCGGGAUUUUAUAAGUCCGGGCUUGUUUGUACAGCAUGUCCGACAAAUUGUUUGAAUGGCGUGUGCAAUGUGGAGUCCGGUGUUUGCUCAGAUUGUGAAAACAGUUUCUUCGGACCUUUUUGUGUUGCCUGUUCCCCGAACUGUGCCGAUCCUAUUUGCGACAAAAUAUCAGGAAAUUGUGAUCACUGUCUUGUUGGAUUCUAUGGCAAUAUGUGUAUUCAGACCUGUCCAGCCAACUGUAAAAACAACACAUGUUCCCAGGACAACGGUAACUGUACUACAGGAUGUGAUUCAGGAUACCAUGGCAACAUGUGUCAACAACCGUGUCCAACAAAUUGCAAAGACAGAAUUUGCAGGCAGGAUACUGGUAACUGUGAAGCUUGUGUCAAUGGGUACCAUGGCAGCCAGUGUGACCAAUCGUGUUCAGACAACUGUCAAGACAAACUUUGUGACCAAUAUAGCAGUGUGUGUGCAGCUUGUGUCGAUGGGUACCAUGGCAGCCAGUGUGGCCAAUCAUGCCCAGACAACUGUCAAGACAAGACAUGUGACCAAAAUAGCAGUGUGUGUAAAGCUUGCGUCGAUGGGUACCAUGACAGCCAGUGUGACCAAUCAUGUCCAGACAACUGUCAAGACAAGAUAUGUGACCAAUAUAGCAGUGUGUGUACAGGCUGUGAAGACCGUUUCUUCGGUCCUCUUUGUGUCGCCUGCUCCCCGAACUGUGUCGAUCCGGUCUGCGACAAAUCGUCCGGAAAAUGUAGUCAAUGCCUAGCCGGAUAUCACGGUAGUACCUGUACUCAGACGUGUCCUACCAAUUGUAAAGACAACAUAUGUAUCCAGGUUAACAGGUUUUGUACAGAAUGUGUUCCGGGGUUAUAUGGGAACACCUGCGACCAGACGUGUUCCGAUAACUGUAAAGACAACUUGUGUAUUCAGGGAAACGGGUUCUUUACACAAUGUGCUGUUGGGUAUCAUGGCAAUCAAUGUGAUAUGAAUUGCCCGUUCAACUGCAAGGCUAAAAUUUUGUAACCAGACUAAUGGUCGGUGUAUAGGAUGUGAACCAGAUUACCAUGGUAGCGACUGUUCUCUGAGUUGCCCGGACAACUGCAAGGACCAUGCUUGUAUUCAGGAGAACGGACAAUGCAUAGAGUGUGUCUCCAGCUUCCAUGGUAGCAAAUGUGUAGACAGGUGUGGCUACUGUCAAGAUGGGAGAUGUGACAAAGACACCGGGAAUUGUAUGACGUCAUGUAUAGAUGGACUAACGGGCCAUAGGUGUGACAUAAAAGUUGUCAGUUUACCAUGUAAAGAAGAUGACUUCAAUGCGGCAGCAGUUGGUAUAGGUAGCGGCUGUGGAGUGGUUAUCGUUGCUCUGGUCAUCGUGAUAAUUGUACAGGCAAGAAGACAUCGUUCAAUGAUCCAUCAGAACACCACGAGGUCUACCACUAUGACAGAUAUAUCUUUACCGAGUAUUGGACAGGAACGACGGGCAGAAACAGAUGGUACCUAUGCCAUUAUAGGCGCCCAGGAAAGAGAAGAAAGCAUCACGAAGAUGUCUGCAGGUGACAGCAGUUAUGAGCAACUCGGAUAUAGGGAGAGAGAUGUUCCACAUUUAUAUGAGACAACAUGAGUACACCUGGAAAAUCUGAACAGACAAUGAAUUGAUAUCGUUAUCGAACAGAAGUGAUACUGUAUUGGAUAAUCUGAACAGACAAUGUAUUGAUAUCGUAAUCGGACACAGGUGAUACUGUAUUGGAAAAUCUGAACAGACAAUGUAUUGAUAUCGUUAUCGAACAGAAGUGAUACUGUAUUGGAAAAUCUGAACAGACAAUAUAUUGAUAUCGUUAAUGGACACAAGUGAUACUAUAUUGGGUAGUAUUAAACGUCAUCUGACUGCCUGUCAAUGUUACAGCGGGAUUUUCCUCCGCAGAUUAUUAUAGUAAAACAUACUAUAUAUAUAUAUAUAUUAAAAUAUAUACAAUUGUACAAUAUUUUUGAGGAGUUUUGAAUAGUAGAUGGAUUUGAAAUAUGUCGCCAAAGAUAUCUGAACUCGAAAACCUCCUGAAACAUAAUAUUCAAAAAGAGUCAAUAAAUGUAAAUGC